CUUAUUUUAUUUUUAAUUACCAACCCUCUAUCGUCUUUCUCUCUCUAGCAAAUCCCUUGUUCAGCUCAAGCGCAAACCCUCGCCACCACCAAGCGGCUGAUCCAUCAUUUCACUCUCUCUCUAUCAAUGUCUCAGGUUGAUAGCAGAAACUCCUCCGCAGCGAAACGUGCUCGGACAGAUGGUGGCCGUAGGGAAGAUGACUGGACCUGUCCUAGCUGUGGCAAUGUAAAUUUCUCUUUUAGGACGACAUGUAAUAUGCGCAACUGCACUCAGCCAAGACCUGCUGAUCACAAUCCGAAAUAUGCUGCCAAGCCUGUGCAAGCGCCUCAAGGAUACUUAUCAGGUCCCCAUGGCCAUGUAGGCUCUGGUGGACCCUCCUCCAUGUACAUGGGUAUACCACCUUAUGGCUCUUCUGUGUUUAAUGGAACAUCUAUGCCUCCAUAUGAUGUUCCAUUUUCUGGAGGCUCAGCAUAUCACUAUAACUACUCUGGCCGGUUUUCUGGAGGGAGCCCUUUUCGGCCCUUACCUUUUUCCGGGCCCCCUUCCUACUCAGAUGGACCAAUAAUGCGAAACAGUGGCAUGUAUGGGUUGCCACCAGUGAUGGAUCAAUAUGGUGUUGGCUUCCGUAUGAGCCCUGGCGUGGGUCAAAGACCUGGGUUUUUCCAGGAGGAGAAAUCUCAGAAGGCGGGUGAUGUAACUCGAGACAAUGACUGGGCCUGUCCCAAAUGUGGGAAUGUAAAUUUUUCGUUUAGAACAGUUUGCAACAUGAGGAAGUGCAACACACCUAAGCCUGGAUCUCAGGGUGGCAGAACUGGCAAGAAUUCGAAACCAGACAUGCCAGAGGGGAGCUGGAAGUGUGAGAAAUGCAACAACAUUAACUACCCUUUUAGGACCAAGUGUAACAGACAGAACUGCGGUGCUGAAAAACCUACUGAGACGAGCAAAUCUCAUCCAGAUUCUGUUGACACAAAUGAUCAGUGAGUUCUAGACGUGUGUCUGAGAAGGUCCAAAGUCCGUCCAGUCCAGCGUUGCUCAGUGUUGGUGUCUGAAAGUCAGUCGUGUGUCUCUUCCUGUUGCUGCAGUUGUCGAGUUACUCAGCCGUCUUAUGAUUAUUCGUGUCAGGUUGUAUUAAUAAUAACACAGGUGUCGUUUUACCGUGACAAAGUUUGCAUUUUUACGUGUCUUGUCGGGUUGCUCUCGUUGGAUUCUGAAUUUGGUUGCUAUUCUCUAGGAUUUGUCUGUACUAUUUUGCAUAUUUAUUGACACUUUGCUGCUACUUUGGUCUUGAGUUUGGUUUAAAUGGUCCGGGUUCUUCUAGAGUCCUAUUGUUUGGGCUGUCUUGAAGUUUGAUGAAACUGUUUGGGGGAUUGAUGAGUGAGUAGAGAUCUUGUAUUGUGGUCUAAUCACAGCAAAAUCUAGUUAUAUACAAACUCCCACAUGACUUUUAUUUAAAUAAAAAAGGUAAUACUGAACUUGGUUAUUUUGAAGGAUAAAUGGAGUUCAUUGCUAAUAUGUUGAUUAAGGAUAUAACUUUUUAUAAUUACCAAAUUUUGUGAUGGCCAAAAGUUGGGUAGUUGGGUGAGUGUCUUUUGUCCUGUGGUGUAGUAACUAGUAAUUAUGCAUUCGCUUCAUAUGUCAGUAUCACAUAAUCUNGUUUUUUUCUGGAUGUGUUUGUGUUUUUUUU